AUGGCUCAUGUCGACGCCAAACCCACCCCGCUGCGCCACUCGCCUCUCUCCCUCCUCCCUCUCGCUUCGCUCGGCGACAACCACUCGCAGCGCUCGCAACGACCCACUCAGACACUCACAAACACGGACAAACCAUUUGGUGGCCCGGCCAAGAGCCUUGACGCUAAGAAAGAGCUCGUCGACCCCUGCAAAGUCCAGCAGGGAGCUCCCAAGCCAAAGCAUAUUGCGCCCCAGACCUCGCCGCUGACCGGGUUGACCGGGAUGGCCAAGCUUCGCGCGGCCGGCCUCCGCGUGAUCCCGAUGCCGUUUGACCUCAAGCCGAUUCCCAAGAUCCCGCCUCGCAACCCAAUGUACGAUCCGGCCAAGCUCUAA